AGUGAAGCUAGUUCUGAGGAAAUCUCUAGAAACAUGUGUUGCAUUGGUAUUUUAUCUCAAAUAAUGCCAGUUAAACAUUUAUAAGAAUCUUACGGGUCACUGUACGUCCAUGUGUCUUGUCCAAUUCAGCAAGUAGAUGGCGUCUUCCCAUAACAUAGGCGCCUCAUCCCUCCUGAAGAUAGCUGAGUCACAUCUCCACACGCGUUCAUUGAAGACACUUCCGAGGCUGUAUUUCGCGCUUUAACACAAUGCUGACGAUCACUCUGAAGACCCUCCAGCAGCAGACGUUCAAAGUGCAGAUCGACGAGGAGCUGACGGUAAAGGCUUUUAAAGAGAAGAUAGAGGAAGAAAAGGGGCAAGAUGCUUUUCCAGCUGUAGGUCAAAAACUAAUCUAUGCAGGCAAAAUUUUGAAUGACGAUAUACCUCUAAAAGAAUACAAGAUAGAUGAGAAGAACUUUGUCGUGGUGAUGGUUACAAAGCCCAAACCUGCAGCACCUCCACAAGCUCCUGCUCCCAUGUCGGCAGCUGCUGCUACCGUUAGCACAACUGUUGCCGAAACCCCUGCACAUCCGCCCUCAACUCCUGCUGCGCCUCCUGCUGUCUCCACAGUUCCUGUAUCGACCCCCACUUCUGCUCCCAUAGAACCAGCGGCAUCAGCGGAGUCGCCCGCGCCGCCCAUCACAGCGCCCCCUGCUGCCUCGGAGGCUGCUGCGGAAAAGCCAGAGCCUGUUAGCAUGACUCCCGCUCCGAUCUCAGAAGAGGAUAACCAGGAAGCCCAAGAAGAGCAGGCCAUCUCCCAAUCAGAGGCCAGCAUUACAGAUGAAUUGGGUAUUUUAGAAGCAGCUGCAUCCAUACUAGUUACAGGUCAAGCGUAUGAGAAUUUGGUUACGGAAAUCAUGUCAAUGGGUUAUGAGAGAGAACAGGUGAUUGCCGCCUUACGAGCAAGUUAUAACCUCCCCCAGAUUAAACUGCUAAUAGAACUACUGUUAAUGUCCGUUCCUCAGGGUAUUCCCACAGAAACCGAGCAGCCGCCGCAGGAAGUAGUGCGGCCCACGCCGGUGUCCAACCCCACCCCUCCAGCACCACAGCGACCUCAGCCGCCGCCCGCCGCAGCCGGUGUGGAGUCGGGAGCGGCGCAGGCCUUGGCGAACCCGCUGGAGUUCCUGAGGAACCAGCCGCAGUUCCAGCAGAUGCGUCAGAUCAUCCAGCAGAACCCGGCGCUGCUGCCAGCGCUCCUGCAGCAGCUUGGCCGAGAUAACCCGCAGCUCCUGCAGCAAAUCACGCAGCAUCAGGAGCGAUUCGUGCAGAUGUUGAACGAGCCACACGUAGGCGAAGCCGAAGCCGCUGAAGCUCCCAGCGCACCACAGACCAACUACAUCCAGGUCACGCCGCAGGAGAAGGAGGCCAUCGAGAGGUUAAAAGCUCUGGGGUUUCCAGAGGGACUCGUCAUCCAAGCCUACUUCGCCUGCGAGAAGAACGAAAACCUUGCCGCGAACUUCCUGCUGCAGCAGAACUUUGACGAUGAGUGAACGUUAACCGUUUAGACGUGACGACACUCGGAGGAUGGCAACGGAGAGAAUGCAAGCGCUAGGCCGCAUGUUGCGUGCGCGUGUGUGUAUGUGUGCGUUAAAGCGAAUUGGACGUCGACUGGUCUUCCAUGAUGAUUUUCAUGGAGUUUAAACUGAAGCCAUGAUGUGACGUUAUAAUCAGCACAGCUAAAAAAAUUUUCGAUAGAUAUAGCCGAUCCUUUAUGACGAGGUGUCCGUUGUAUGUCUGGUUUCUGCUGCUAUCUCUGCUGUGUGCGUCGAGUGAGGUUUUAUUUAUCACAGUUAAACCCUGCCAAAAACUCUCAAGGUCAUCGCUCAUUUCUCACAAUUGUUUUUCAGUAUUAAUAAUCAUGAGACGUUUCAGUCGAAGUAGAUGCCAAAUUUAAUUUGUCACCAAUGAAAACAAGCCUUUGAUGGAUAGAUGUACGUCUUUUCAAGACGUCGUACCAUUUUUGUUGCGUUUUCUCCACUGGAACAAUUUUGGAAAUAUGUCAAAUUAAAUAUGGUGUCUACUUUAUGCCAUGUUAUGUCAUAUUUAGUGUUUACUUUUCUUUCAUUAUUAGCCUCUACUGUGUGAAAUACAAUGUUUAUGCAGUGGACGUCACCAAACUACUUUUCAACUCAUCUGUUCCCCUACAUCAAACCAUUAAUAUUAAAAAUAAACCACAUUUUCUGCGCUGCAUGGGUAUGUUAGUAUCUUUAAACCCAUGUUUAAAAUAAGAACUGUCGAUAACGUCUACAAUCAUGAGUUUUUGGUAAAAAAAAA